AUGCUUUUCACCAACUGCAAGAGCCAGGCGGACGCAGGUGUGAACCCGAUCAGUGACUCUGGCGUCCAGCAGCGGGAGUCUGAACCCGUCCAGCCAGUAGACUCUGUGACUCUCAGUUGUUCUGUUCACACUGGCCGCUGUGCAGCAGAACACAUUAGUGUCACGUGGCUGAAAAACUCUCAUCACUCUGCUCCGCAAAUGAUCUACUACUCUGGAAAUAAGAGCUGCCGGAGGACUGAGAGUGGAGAGACUAGCUGUGUGUACGAGCUUCUCCUGAGGAACCUCAGCUCUGAUGAUGCUGGAACCUUCUACUGUGUCCUGACUUCAUGUGGACAGAUGCUGUUUGGAAACGGGACCAGGAUUAUUGUUCACAGAGAUGUUGCCUUCACCGAAUCAGUUGAUCUGAGUCCAACGUUUAUUGCACUGAUGCUGUCAAACACCGUUCUUGGGAUUGGGACACUUGUGCUCGUAUGGACACUUUGCAAAAACCACAAGAAAGAUCCCACAGCUGCAUCCGGAUCCAGGGAUGGAUCUCUUGAAGCCAAUCAGCCUGGAGAUGCAGUGAUGUACGCAGCAGUGUGUUCUGCUCCCAGAGGCUCCUCCUGCAGAACAGCUCCAGUGGAAUACAGUAGCGACGCCGUAGUUUAUUCUCAUGUGAAGUACUCUCAACAGGACUGACAGACUUGCAAGUAAAAGGAAAAACACGAAGCAUUACAACUGGACUUGUGAUAUGGCAGGGAUAUAUACAGUUAGGACCUGCAUGGGACAUUAAACAGGCAAGCCAAGCAGGCUGCAUGGGAGAUCAUAUUUUCUUUCUAAGUGGCAGAUUGAGCCUAUAGAAAAUGUGUAUUGUAUUUGGAUCAUAGAAAUAAAAUGGAUAGGGCUAUAUAGGGACCUGAA